AUGGGUCGAAAAAGAAAACAUAGUGAAAUACCUGAAAUAAGUAAACGGCCUAAAUAUAAAAAACAAUUACCGUUCAUUCUUAAUAAAAGAAGUUCUAUAUUCAAUUUUACCGAACAAUUUGAAUCGGAUGAUCCGGCAGACUGUGUGAUGGUGUCGGGGACGACCAAAUGUAAGCUGUCUCUAGAAGACAAAAAUCAUGUUUAUCUCUUAACCAUGAAAAAAUUAUUAGAAAGUUCCGAUAUCGAUAUCAUAGAAAUCAAGAAAAACCGACUAAUCGGAAAAUAUAGAUCACUUACCUUUUUUCUUAAAACCCUAUAUAAUGAGCCAUGGGUUUUCCUUUAUCCGAAAGACGUAAAGGAAUUUAUGAAAGAAAUGAACGAAGCACCCAAAGGGUUAACCGGAUAUUUGGUGUCAAGCAACUUGAUUUCUAAGGAAUGUAUCGAAAAAUCAAAAAAAUAUCCUAAAGUUUGGUUAUCUCAUGAAAAUGAUAUCAUUGAAUUGAUCAAAAAUAUGGAAAACCGUUUAAACAAUUGUUCAUUUAUUAAUAAAUUAGAAACUUAUAUUACUUCUUUAGAAAAUACAAUAGAUUUACAAGGUCAAUUAAUAGAAAAUCAAACCAAAAUAAUUGAUGUAUAUCAAGAUAUGAGAUCUUUAAUAAAACCAUGA